AAUAUGGUAAAUAUGAUGGCACAGUUAUUUUGCAUAAAUGGAGAGCCCGAGGGGAUCUGUUAGCGGGACCGGUCUGAAUACAUAUGUAACCCAAGGUCCUGGUGACAGCGUGUACAGUCAGAACUUCUGGUUGAUCACAAAAGGCCAAGAGAGAUUAUAUACAGGACAAAUCCUAUACAUGGUAAAUCUUGAUUUGUCAUGUAACAAUAUUACAGGAGAGAUUCCUGAGGAGAUCGGCACUCUUGUGGCACUUAAGAGCCUGAACUUAUCAUGGAAUGCUUUUACUAACAAAAUUCCUGAAAAGAUUGGUGCCUUGGUACAAGUGGAGUCCCUCGACUUGUCACACAAUGUUUUGUCGGGUGAAAUUCCUACGAGCUUAUCGGCUCUCACAUCUCUGAGUCGCUUGAAUCUGUCCUACAACAUUCUGACGGGACAGAUACCAUCUGGAAACCAACUGCAAACACUUGAGGACCCAGAAUCUAUUUAUGUUGGCAACCCAGGUCUUUGUGGUCCUCCUCUCUCCAAGACAUGUUCAACGACUGUGUUGAUUCCAUCUCCUCUAGAAGAUCAUGAAGACGCAAGGGAUAUGGCCUUUAUCCUCGUCAUGAGUUCUGGGUAUGCGAUGGGUCUGUGGAUAGUCUUUUGCACCCUCUUGUUCAAGAGGAAAUGGAGAAUUUGCUGGUUCUCGUUCUAUGACAGCUUGCGCGAUUGGGCUUAUGUGCAAGUGGCCGUUACCUGGGCUUACUGGAGAAGAAAAGAUGGAUAGAAGCUAAUAUCAUCAUCAACACUUCUUGCUAUGCUACCAUGAGCGCGUAUUUAUCAUGUAUCGAUCUUAUUUGAGUAUUGUACAAGUGUAUUGAUAAAUAUGUACUUAAGGCACAUGUAUCCAAUCGACUGCAUGUGAUUGGCAGCCUUUGCUAUGUAGUAGUACAAGUUUAUACAAAAUGAAUAAGGUCGAGGCUGCACAGUUUGGCCUACUCUUUUUGGUCGU